GUCGACCAAAGAAGAAGGGUACGCGCCUAUGCUGGGAGGAAUACGAAAUUCGAACAGAAGCUCGCAAUUCAAAAGUUUUUCUUGCAGAAAGUCAGGGCGGGAUGGCAACCGCAGCUCUUGAGUAGGUAAUGGUCGGCCCUGUGCUGGGCACGGUCUGUAGUGAGUCUACAACGUGUCCAGUCUGUUGAACACCUUUUGGCAAACCUUGGAAGAGCAUUGCCUUUGAGUUUGUCUUCACAUUGUUGCACAUUUGCAGCUAAAGCAAGAAGCAAAAGCCUAGAGACAGCACCGUUUCCAAGCACACCACCCUGCUUCGCAGCUUUGUGCAAGGAGAAAGCUUGACCACCCGCCUCUUCUUGUCCCGCAAGAGCAGCCACGUUUUAUCAAGCUUGCCUUAAGUUUACUGCAGAUCCUGGCAGCAAGGCUCCCUCGAAAGCCUUCUCUCUUGUCUGCUAGUUGUCUUUACGUUUGCGAAGUCACGCUGCCCUCCUAGCAAGCGUCGCAGCUAUGAGCAUGAAACGCUCCGCGUCUGGCACCCAGAGAACAGUUGCGCCGUCCAAAGUGCCAACGAUGGACUCCCUGACCGAGCCCCUCCUCAUGGACAACCCCUCCCGUUUCUGCAUGUUCCCCAUCAAGUAUCCCGAGAUAUGGGAGAUGUACAAGAAGGCUGAGGCAAGCUUCUGGACAGCUGAGGAGGUCGAUCUCCACUCAGACUUGAUGCACUGGGACGCCCUCAACGACAACGAGCGGCACUUCAUCAAGCACAUUCUUGCCUUCUUUGCAAAUUCGGAUGGGAUUGUGUUGGAGAACCUGGCCGUCCGGUUCAUGAAGGAGAUUCAAGUCCCGGAGGCCCGGGCGUUCUAUGGCUUCCAGAUUGCCAUUGAGAACAUCCACUCUGAGAUGUACAGCCUGCUGCUCGAAACCUACAUCAAGGAUCCCAAAGAGAAGAGCAGGCUGUUCCAGGCAAUCGACACUAUCCCCUGUGUUCAACGCAAGGCAGAGUGGGCCAUGAGGUGGAUUGACGGGGCAGAGUCGUUUGCAGAGAGGAUCGUGGCGUUUGCUUGCGUUGAGGGGAUCUUUUUCUCUGGAAGUUUUUGCGCCAUCUUCUGGCUGAAGAAGCGGGGCCUUAUGCCUGGGCUCACAUUCUCCAACGAGCUCAUCUCCAGGGACGAGGGCCUCCACACCGACUUCGCUUGCCUGCUGUACAGUUUGUUGCAAAACCCCCUCUCGGAAGAAAGGGUCCAGGCCAUCAUCCACGAGGCUGUGGAGAUUGAAAAGGAGUUUGUCUGCGACGCUCUUUCCUGCUCACUAGUGGGCAUGAACGCUGAACUCAUGAGCCAGUACAUUGAGUUCGUCUCUGAUAGAUUGCUGAUGACCUUAGGAUGCGACAGGGUCUACAAGACGCAGAACCCUUUCGACUGGAUGGAGCUCAUUUCUUUGCAGGGCAAGACUAACUUCUUUGAGAAGAGGGUCGGGGAGUACCAGAAGGCUGGGGUGAUGGCUAACAUCAACAAGGAGAGCACGGAUACUCACCGGUUCUCACUCGAGGAAGACUUCUAGAUGCCCGUUUUGUCCUGCACAUAUAGAAACCCCUCCAGAAGUCAGCUCGACUUCCAUAGCUUUGAAGUUCAUAUACCUUUGCCACGAGUUAUUGGUCCAAGAGGUGCUGUAGACAUUGAGAAGUUGCCUCUUCUGGUGCUUGAGACUCACCCGAUCAUUCUUUGUCGUAAAAAAGCCAUGAACAAUAUUUUUCCACCAAAAAUAUACUACCCACCUCUUACUGUCC